GAUUUUUUUGGAAGUUCAAAGUAAAUGAACGCGCCGUUUACAGUAUUUUCUAUCAAAACGACGUCAUCUAAUUGAUAGCAGCAUAGCCACCAAUCCUUGUCCCCAUAAUUCUGGGCCACUGACUCUUCAUUUGCUGUAUACAGUGUCAGUUAUUAGUCAAAUCUCAGACGUCCUCUCGCGGCAAAUCCAAUACCCGGAACCAGACCAUAACAGCAAAACCCUAGUUAUGUUCUCUCUUCAGUUCUGUCUCCCUACAACCAAUCGCACUCACUUUUUCUCUCCUCAACCAAGACCUCCAUCACCUAACUCACUCUAUAUUUUGAGGACCAGUUCACACCUCCCUCAUCCUCUCUGCGCAGUGGCACAGAACGUUAUUGUCGAAGAGGACGACGUCGUUUCUGAGAGGGUCGCCGUCGCGGAUGCCGGCGCUCGGCCGGCGGUGGGAGAGACUCUGCCGGCGGGCCUUCGGGGGGAGGCGAUGCCGAAGCACGUGGCGGUGAUUAUGGAUGGGAACAGGAGGUGGGCCCGGAUGAAAGGGCUCUCGGUCGGAUCGGGUUACAAAGCGGGUAUACGGUCACUGAGAGUGCUCGUGGAGCUCUGUUGCAGAUGGGGGAUUAGGGUUCUAUCUGUUUUUGCAUUCUCCUCAGAUAACUGGCUUCGACCCAAGGUGGAAGUUGAUUUUUUGAUGAGUUUGUUUGAACAGGGAAUAAGGGAUGAACUAGACAACUUUGUGAGGGAAGGUGUCCAAAUAUCUAUAAUUGGGGAUUCCUCUAAGCUACCAGAAUCCCUACAACAACUGAUUACCAAUGCUCGGGAGAGUACAAAGCAUAAUUCACGACUCCAACUGAUUGUAGCAGUCAGCUAUAGUGGACAAUAUGACAUUGUGCAAGCUUGCCAAAGCAUUGCUUUGAAAGUAAAGGAUGGUCUUAUUGAACCGGAAGAUGUCAAUGAGUUUUUAAUUGAGCAGGAAUUAGAAACAAAUUGUACCAAGUUCCCAUACCCUGAUCUACUGAUACGGACUAGUGGUGAGCUCAGAGUUAGCAACUUCUUGUUAUGGCAGUUGGCCUACACUGAACUAUUCUUUUCCCAAUCCCAUUGGCCUGAUUUUGGAGAAGCAGAGUUGUUAGAAGCCUUACAAUCCUUUCAGCAGAGGCAGAGACGUUAUGGUAGACAAGUUCUUUAAGUUAUUACACAUACAGUGCCAGGAUUUUCUUGUUGUUGUAAAAUGAGAGUACAGAAUCUUUUUCAGGAUUUUGGGUGCUUUUGGAAGCAGAAUUGAAGUAUAACCUUUAAGAGGGCACGAAUUUAGUAAUUAAAUUCUGGAGUGACUGUUCAGAGUUCAAGUGAAAUCCCACAGCUAGAAGAGUCUAUGCAAGUUUGCGUAUAAAUUGUUGUUGAAGUUAUUCCUAAUUGAAAUAGUAGUACCUGCUUUGGGAGAAGUUAAAACAGCCAUUGGAACAUUAUUGACAAUUGGUGAUUUGAAAAUCAUUCAGCGCCAGUAAUUGAUGAAGAAUUCAGGAAUUUCGGCCCAAGGAUUUUGAAGGAUGUUUCAUACUGAAAGUGGAUGGGCCACCGGAAAUUGUUAUCGACCAAGCCCUCUUUCUUAAAAUAAUUGCUGCAGAGGCACCCUACGUAAGAACAGUGACCAUUAUAUUCAUUGAACUCUGUUCUUAUCUUUGUAAACUGUGAAGUUAAUCUGGAACCAAUUUGAGACAUUGUUAGAAACACUAGGUUGGCAAGAACUUCCAUUAAUCAAAGUGGAGUGUUCAAAAUGUCUAAAGAUUCAUUUCUUUGUUGCUAUUUGGAUACAAUUUUGUGUACAAUGCAAUUCUGAUCCAGGGGAUGACCCCAAACAAGCAAGGAUUUGUUAUUUUUUGCUA